GAGAUUUCAAAACAUAAACAAAACAAAAUGUCAACACAAUAACAACAAAGAAUUCAAAAAUAUUAAAAUUUUAAACAUUGAAUUGAAUUAUAUUAUAUAGAUUUCUGAUACAUACCAUAAUGAAUAGUUUGAAUGCAAGUUGCUGUGUUUGCUUGAAUAAUUUCUUAGUUCUCAAUAAGCUCUCAAAGAAAGAUGAUAACAAUAUUGCUUUAAUUACAAAAAUUGAAAUCACAAUUCCAGAAAUUGAAUGGGAUUUAUCCUUCCAAAUUUGUGAUCCCUGCACAAAUUUGCUGAGUAUUGUCUAUACUUUUAGAGAAACUUGUAUAAAGUCUAAUAUUAUUAGAAAACAGAGAUAUGCAGAGCCACUCAACAUAGAAAAUAACAUUAAAUCAGAGUAUAUUAGUGCAUCCAUUACUGAAGAUGUAGAGUCAGAUUCUCGGCAAAGUUAUGAUGAUGCUAAACAUGAAAAUGGUGAUGAUGAACUUGAUGAAUGUCAGUCUGAUGAUAAUGAUGAUGAUAUAAAUGAUCCCAAUUAUAGUGAAGAGGAUGAGAAGAAAGUAAAAGUCAAUGUGAAACUUGAGAUUAUCAGUGAAACAUCAAAAACUAAAAGAAGGAAGAGAAAACCCAGAAUAGACAAAUUUGGCUGUGAAAAAUGUCAGAAUAAUUUUAGUUCAAGCACAGUUUUAACAAAGCACUGUGUGGAGAAACAUGGGAUGAACAGUAAAGAUGUCAAGCCUUUUGCUUGCACUAGAUGCAGUAGUAGGUUUGGCAAUUCUUCGAAUCUACUGCAGCAUAUCAAAUACCAUGAUGCUGUUAGAUCACAUAUAUGCACAUACUGUGGCAAGGGUUUCAUUACCAUGACAGAUCUGAAGAUACAUGAGAAACAGCACUUGAACAUGAGAGAGUACAAGUGUGAAAUUUGCUUUAAAAGUUAUAAUACUCACAAGGAUUUGAGGUCUCACAAACUGGUAGUCCACACCGACUCCCAGCUCUGGAAGUACUUCUGCGAGAUGUGCCACAAGCGGUUCCCUAUAAAAUCCAACUACGACUGCCACAUGCGUCGACACACCGGCGUGAAAAAGUUCGAAUGCCACCUGUGCAACCGGAAGUUCACCGACAAGUGCGUGUUGCAACGGCACAUGCGCACUCACUCUAACGUCAGGGAUUUCAAGUGCGCGCAUUGCGAAAAAGAGUACAAGGACAAGCGGGUGCUGCAAAUCCACAUGGCCAAGGUGCAUGGGAUAGGAGUGGGGGAGAUCAAGUUGCCUUCCAAGGAGCGGAAAUAUAUUUGUCAUAUGUGUCCCAAGGCCUACUAUGCCAAGAACAAGUUGACCCGGCACUUGUACACGCAUACCGGGGAGAAGCCGUUUUUCUGUACGAUUUGCGAGAAGAAAUUCAAUGAUAAGUCUUAUCUCAAGCAACACCUGAAGAAGAGUCAUAAUAUCUUUGAUUGAUGUCAAUAUUGAUACUGGUAGCUAUAGCAAUGGAGGUCCUGAUGGAGAGGAGUAGAACGGUAUAAUAACCUCCUCUUCUGGGACCGCAAUUCAGCGGUGGAAAAAGAUGAUAUUACAUAGAAAUCAUAUUAUACUCAAGCCUAUUUUUCCUGAAAAUGCUGAUCUCGACAUGCCUGAUAUAGAUCUGGAAGAAAAUGGCAGCAUACAAGAUAUAAAAUUUUAUUUAUUUGUCGUAUUAUUUUCAUGUUACAAUAAAUCCUAAGAACAACCUCGAA